UCCGCCGCAUUCAAGGUCUCGGAUACCAUCUAUCUGGAGUUCGUCCAUCAUCAGGCUGCAGCUGUCUAUGCCUCGAUUUCUAACGGACAGACGAUAAUGGGGAACCAGGUUCUUGUCAGUGUUUGCUCUCAGGCGGAAUUGAUGCAUGCAGUAUUCCCACAAUGGGAUGGGACUUUCGGGGAGGGAGGUAACUUGUACUUGCCACCUCAGAUGCCAGUCGAUGGGAUUAGCAAGAAAAGGCGCACUGAGGACGGUGGUGUUCAGAGGAAGUUGAUAACGAGGGAGGAGUUGGAUAGUAUCCUUGCGGCGUGUCGUGCGAAGAAAGAUUGGCAACGUCCUGGCCCAUAUCGACCUAACCGACCGUACGACCAUCUCAUCAGCGUCCUCACGAAAUUCCCCUGGCACGCUGGUCUUCACUAUUCCGUCGAAGAACGCGACGCCCUCUUCAAGACAACCCGAGAAGCACUCCGCUCCCUACGCCACCAGAUUAACAAAUACGUUUUCCCGGAACAGUUGAAUGUUGCGUUGCAGACGAGGUUGUUGAGAGCGGGGUUGUUGGUACCGUGCUUUACGGAUAAGCAGAAGAUGCAGUUGCAGGCUACGAGUCAUUUGGCAUAUCCUGAAGAUUUGCUUCCAUCUGUGCGGAUGCAGCCGUGUUUUGGCUAUGCAUGUUCGACCGUUGCGUCGCCGGCGUUUAUCUCUCUGGUUCAGCGUAUCGAACAUCAUCUUAUCCCUACACCUAUUGAAGAUUCGCAGAUUGCUGCUACCCCUGUCACCUCAACUCCUCCCGCGAUCCUCAAGGCUCGGAUGUCCGCUGCUGCAGCUCAGCUGACGGCUUACUCUGCCGAGCCUGCUCCCCGAGUCUCGGAAACGUAUGCAAACGUUAUGUCGGUGGUGCAUGGCGAGCCUGGCGAGACGUCGGUUAUGGGUCUCACAGGCCCAGUAUAUGGAAGUACGACGCGAGGACCGAAGAGCAUGUCUAUGAUUGCUGCGGCACACUUGGAGAUCGAGACGAUUGAGUGUUCUAUUGCAGCCUUGGUUGCCAUGCAUAACAAGGCAUGAUACACUAUGAUACACUGGGCGUUUGGAGUAUUCUUACUGUUUAUUCUGGUCUGUUUUCUUUUUCUCGCGCUCGCUUUAUUUAGUCCUUGCGCAUUUAAUCCAACUCCUAUUUUUACCCUGCAG